AUGAUCAAAUGUCUUGACGAUAAGGAAUCAAUGGAAAAAUGUCCGGAUCUUUUGAUACGCAUUCAGAAGAAACACAUUGCAAUGAUUGAAACUCUGCGAACAUUCAACACUCUCGUGAAAUUUACGUCUUUCACUCAAUUGAUGACAAGCACAGUAAUAUUUCUUGUGCUCAUUUUCUCAAUUCAAUUCUACAAAGAUAUCUUCAUAAUGCACGUUCUUCUGUUUGCGCUCGGCAUUCAACUGGCGCUUUUGUGCCUUUUUGGCGAAUUGAUUCGACACCAAACGGAGCAGAUUUUCCAGAAUCUCUACCUUACAAAUUGGUACGAAAUGAGCUUAAGUGAUCGUAAAAUUGUCCUCAUGAUGAUGACGAAUUCCUGCAAAGCGAUCGGAUUGAAAGCCGCUGGAAUGUACGACGUUUCGCUCGUGUCUGUUGUUCAAGUGAGUCAAAUAUCGCAAACAAUCGAUCAAGAGUUCUCGCAAGUGAUAACUCAGCGACAGCAACAAUCUGUGACUUCUGUGCAAAUAUCCAAGAAUUUUCACUCAGUGCAGCAGAACAACAAUCAUCACGAGAGCUUCAGUUCCAGCGAAGUUUCACAGACACUGGCAAUGUCGUCAUAA